GAAAAUCGUUCCUAACAACAGCCAAUCAUCAACCGCUUUUUGUUGUUGUUGACUGAUAGAAGGUACUAGCAGCUAGCUACAACAGCAAGUUGGCUAUCUAGCAUGUUAAAAAGUUAGUCUACAGACUGCGACAACUUUCUGGCAUAAAGAUGAAGGAAGACAAGGAAAACACUCGUCCGAGAGAGAAAAGAAUGGAGAUAAAAAGCGAAGACGGUGAAAAAACAGAGAAGCCAAAGCCGGAGAAGAAAGAAGCAAUGACUAAGAUUGUAAUCCGACGUCUGCCUCCCAGUAUAACUAAGGAGGAACUGGAGGAACAAUUGCAGCCACUUCCAGAAGUGGACUACCUCGAGUUUUUCUCCAAUGACAGCAGUAUGUACCCCCAUGUGUUCGCCAGAGCAUACAUCAACUUCAAGAAUCAGGAAGAUAUUGUCCUUUUCAGAGACCGGUUUGAUGGAUAUGUGUUUAUUGAUAAUAAAGGGCAAGAGUAUCCAGCAAUUGUUGAAUUCGCUCCUUUUCAAAAGAUUGCCAAAAAAAGGAGUAAGAAAAAGGAUGCCAAAAGUGGAACAAUAGACGAAGAUGCUGACUACAAAAAGUUUCUGGAGAUUUACAAUGGUGAUGAUGAAAAGUUUACAUCCACCCCUGAGACUCUACUGGAAGAAAUAGAGGCAAAAACAAAGGAAUUAGUAGCUAAGAAAACAACUCCCCUCUUGGACUUCUUGAAGAAUAAACAGAGAAUGCGUGAGGAAAAGAAAGAGGAAAGGAGGAGACGAGAGCUCGAGCGCAAGCGCCUGCGGGACGAGGAGCGUCGGAAGUGGAGGGAGGAGGACAGGAGGAAGCGCAAAGAAGCAGAGAAGUUCAAGAAAGGAGAUAAACCUGCAGACAAAGAUAAAGAUCAAGCCAAGGAGGAGCCAAAAAUCAAGCUCCUGAGAAAACCAGACAGAGAUGACCUGGAUGUGGAAAACCCUAAAGAGAAGUCAAAGAAACCUGAGAAGGACAAGAUGAAGGAGGACAGAGCUCCAGGGAUUCCUGAUCUUAAGAAGCGUCAAAACCAUGAAACCAGAGAGGAUAGAGGGUCCCGAAAAGCUGACGAAGAUGGACACCGGGACAGUCACAGAGAUGGACACAAGGAUUUCAGGGAGCGGGAUGUGGAACGAAACAGGGACAGGGACCGCGAACGAGACCGGGAGAGGGAGCGGCGGCAGAAAGAGAAGGAGCGCAUCAGACGUCAAGACGAGGAUCGGCGGAGGAGAAGAGAACGGCACGACGGGGAGAACACCUACAGGAAGCGAGAAGAGGAAUGGAAAAAGGAGAAAGGAGAACGCGUCUGGGAAAAGAAAAAGGCUGAAAAUGCCGUGGACUCAGCAAGCCAUACUUCUUGCCACACCGAUAGGCCUAAAAAGUCUGAAGAAACUCUGAGGGAAGAAAAAGCUAAGAGAGAUCGUUUAAGAAACAAGGAUCGGCCCGCCAUUCAGCUUUACCAACCAGGUGCCAGGAACAGAGGAGCUCGAGGAGGAGGUGCUGGUGGCGGAGGUGGAGAAUCUUAUGCUGCCGACAGAAAGUCAGAGAGCGAAACCAAGAGAUCCCAAGAGAAGGGAGAUGAAUAAUAAAAAAUAAUGAACAAAAGUCAAAAAAAGAUUUGCCCUGAGCCAAGCAAUCGGGUAAACAAAGAAGCAGCUGCAGUGAUAUUCUCGAAGAGCCACAUCCCAUCUCCCCACUCAUAACCAGAGGCAGGAAUGUGACCAUGGUGUCCUGUUGAGUGCCUACUUGUGCCAGUCUUUUUGUUUGGUUUAUAGAGAAUAGUAAGCGUAACUUGUAUGUUUGAAUGUUUUUGAGAGUUUGGCUGUUGGGCACAAUGACAUGAAGCCAAAGCUUUCUAGGACCACAUGAACUUAAAGUGACCUUACUGGAGUACUGGUUCACAGUGCUGUGCAGUUGCAAAGCACGGUUCUUUAUACUGAGUAGGCAUUCACCCUAAUUAGUUGUUCAUUGUCUUUUUCCUCCACAUACAGAUUCUCUACUUGAGGAACAUUGUAGCACUAGUGAUUUAAAAAUAUUCUGUGGCUUUUAAAAACAAUUUUGUAAGCAUUUAGGGAUAUUUUUGAUUUAUACUCUGUACAUGUAAUUGUUUGUUUACAUUUUUCCCAAUAAGUCCUCCAUACUCUUUACAGGUAAAAAAGAAAAAAGAAUACUCAUAAUACAAUGUUAUGUUCUUUCACCCAUGACUCAGUGAUUCAGGAAAAUGAAAUAGUAUUUUCAUUACAGAUAUUAUACUGUGAGCGAUGCUUUGAUUUUAGACUGCAUGUAACCUCUUCUGGGUGACUAUUAACUUGUGGCCUUUCCCAUCAUACUCAACCGGAUCUUCAUACAUAGAUGAUGCAACGGUGUAGUUACAAAAUAAUUUGAAGAAAUAUUUAUCUUUUUCGUUUAUGUAGCCUGACUCCUAAAUUCAAGGCAAGAGUUACAAAUGAGCGCAAUAAAUAAAUUGUUCUAAAAAUG